CACUACUCCAACAUUUCCACUAAUAUUUCGGUGAUGGGCGUGGGAACAGUGUUGUUCUUGUUUGUGGUGGCUGUUUGUGGAGUUUGCAAUGGAGAAGUGUACAAAGUUGGUGAUUCUGCUGCCUGGACUCUCAUUGCCCAUCCCGAUUACAACACUUGGGCUUCUUCCAAGACUUUCCGAGUUGGUGACACUCUCCUUUUUGAGUACGAUCCACAAUACCAUAAUGUGGUAGAGGUGAGCCGUUCGGACUUCCACACAUGCAACACGGCAGCUCCCAUCACCACCUACGCCACCGGCAACGACUCCAUCAUCAUCCGGGGCAUCGGCCACUACUAUUACGUCUGCGGCUUCGUGGGCCAUUGCGAGGCCGGGCAGAAGGUCGACAUAAGGGUGGCCCAAUCUCUUCACUCUGCUAAGAUCCCAAUUCAAGCCCCUAAUAAGCCCAUAGCUCCAAAGGCGUCUCCUAUUGGGCCAAUAGCGCCCAGCCCAUCUCCGAGUAGUGGAGAAUCUCUAGUGUUCCGUAAUGGGCUCUUCUCUUGUAUUGUUGGGCUUUUGAUAGCUCUUGUUUGGGUUUUCAAUUAAUCAAUCAGGUCUGUGGGCAAAAAUGGCUUGUGUUCGUUUAGCUCUGUUAUCUUUUUUGGUUUUCAUUGUACUUAGAGUCUGGUAUCAUUACAGGUCACUUUGAGAAGUUUGAUGCGUGCGUUUUAUAAUGGAACUGCCCAAUUGUGUGGACUAUAUCAUCUCAGUUGUAGAACA